UCUCAAGAAAAUAUCUUCCAUAACUACACUUUGCAAAGAGUUACUUGAUACUUAUAAAACUGCUGAAAGCUUCGUUGUUCGACAUGCAAAUAAAAAGGUUAAGAAUCUUUUCACUGAAGAAGAAUGGAUGGAAAUGAAAAAUGAUUUUAACGAAAUAGUCGAAUUUAAAGAUAUAAAUGAAAAAGAAGAGUUAUACGAAUUAUUUGAUAAGAUUCAAGAG